AUGAAGGGCGGUGGCCACGGCUCUGCAUCGCGAGACUUUGGCCUGGGAGCAGACCAGGCGCUGGAACUCGCGGUUGUCCUUGCCGACGGCUCACUUGUGACGGCCAAUGCUUGCCUGCACAGCGACCUUUUCUUCGCCCUUCGCGGUGGCGGCGGCGGGACAUACGGUGCUGGAAACCGGCUGGUCGACCGCGCCUCGGUGACGCAGAACUUUAGCGCUCUGCGAACCAUGAUUGGAACCAUCGACGGGACGCUCGACCAGUUCACAACCAACAACCUCGAGCUCGUCGGUGGUGGCCAGGUGUUUAGGGACGCAUCCGAACCGUACUCGGGCGUCACCCCGGCAUGGCGGAUCUCUUACUUCAACAGCGUCGUCGCCCGAGUGUCUUCUUUUGACACUCCACAGGCAGUGCCGGACGAAAAGCAGCACGACAUCAUCCUUUACAUGGAUGAAGCGGACAGAUUUGACCCAGACUGGAAGGCGGAUUUUAACGGGAGAAAACAUUAA